AUCCGCAAAACUCUCGCCGUGAGCGCUCUCUCCGCCUUUGCUGCUGCCCAGACCUCCACCACCCCCAAACUCGACGCCACCUGCGCCGAUGUAGUCAUCUUCAUGGCCCGCGGCAACAACGCGCCCUAUCACGACGACCGCACGACCCCCUUCAUCGACGCCACCUGCAGCAAAUUGACUGCUGAGGGCAAGAGCUGUGAUUACAUUGACAUUCAGUUCGACGUCACCCUCGGCGGAGACUACUGCGCUCAGAUUACUGAGGGAGCUGCCAACGGUAUCAAGCAAGUCACCGCUUUCAACCAGAAGUGCCCAUGCUCCCACAUCAUCGUGAACGGCUACUCAGAGGGCGCCAAUGUCGCCGGCGACGUUCUGGGUGGACCAGGUGGAUGCUCGUUUGUAUCCACCGGCAUCGACAACACCUCUUCUGCCGGCAAAGCAAUCGCCGCCGCUCUCCUCUGGGGCGACGUAAGGCACACCGAGAACCAGCCCUACAACGUGCUCGACGGCGCAAGCAAGGGCCCCUACCCACGUGCUGGGGCCGACCUCGCCAACCUGAACCGCUACUCCUCUAUCCUGCGCUCGUACUGCGCUGCCGGUGACCCGGUCUGUGCCGGUGGAAAGACGGUGGCGGACCACCUCAACUACUUCGAGCUGUACACCGACGACGCAUCGUCGUGGGUGGUGGCCAAGGUCGACGCGGCUGCUCCUCUGUGCGGUGCCUCUAGCUCUUCUUCGUCUGUUGCCGCU